AUGUGGUUUGAUCCUGACCAGCCCCAGCCUCUGGAGAAGAUUCGGCACCUUGCGCAGGAGCGGGAUGGACUGCAGAAGUAUGGGUGGGAAGCACAUGAUGGGGAGUCUUUUGGGAGGCAGGAACUGUAUGAUGGCAAUGUGCACCUGACCACUUCCUUUGCAAAGAAAUUCUGCGAGGCGGGGAUUUCCACAUUGAACGUCCUACCUGACGGACUGCCUUCUGGGGCGGACAUGCAAUUGGCGGCAGGGGAGAGUGAAGUGGUUGGAAGCUGGGCUCUGCACAUGCACGAUGUUUCGGGCAAAGGGAGGAACACCGCCAAGUUGAGGCACUUAGGGGCGCAGACAGCGCACUUUCACAAUCUUACCACGACUCUGGUUGAUGAGCUGGCAGAGUCUGUCACAGUUGAGGUGCCAGCGAAGCGGCGUGGAGGCAGCAACGGGAAAAGGGAACGCCACCAGCUGAGCGACACUGUAGAUGCUGUCCCCAACCUGGCUGUCUUCCAGGUCACCGCAGAAUUGCCACUCUCACUGGACUUUGUUUUCACUGGGUCAUUACCACCCAGCUCUCAGGGCGUAUCUCAGAUGCUCGGCACGGCCGCGUCAGGAUUGUGGAGGUCACUAGGCUCAUUGAGGCGGUCUUUGCCAUACUGUAUAACUGAUCUGCCAGUCUCAAUUGCAAAGGAGCCUCUCCUGCAGCGUGUGGCUGCUUUGUCUGGGAGCAGGCUGACACAGCUUCUAAGGGAGCGUGAGGAUGCUUUUGACGCUCGCUUCAGGAAGACUUUUGGAUCCUUCACUUCCGGAGCACCUGCAGGCACGGAUGUUGUGAGCAAGGCGGCCCUUAGCAACACCCUUGGCGGCAUAGGCUAUUUUUUCGGAUCUUCAGAGGUAAAGUUGCCAGAUCAGGGCAACAAGAUUGUGAGAUCGUGGCCUGCCGCCCUGUUCACUGCUGUGCCCAGCCGCUCCUUCUUCCCCCGUGGCUUCAUAUGGGACGAGGGCUUUCACCAACUCCUGAUCAGGCGCUGGAAUGAGCGGCUGAGUCGGGACAUUCUGGGGCACUGGCUGGACCUCUUGUCGGAAGAAGGGUGGAUCGCGCGGGAGCAGAUAUUAGGAGAGGAGGCCAGAGCGCGCGUACCGGCAGAUUUCAUUGUGCAGAGCCCGGACGUGGCAAACCCGCCGACUCUGUUCCUGUCACUGGCCGACAUGGCUCGGCGCAUCGCGCAAAGUGGGGUCAAUUGGGACAAUGCUGGAAGUAGGGAGGAUUUGGAGUUCCUCACUGCAGCCUAUCCCCGCAUGGAGGCAUGGUUUAAAUGGUUCCAGCGGACCCAAGCCGGGCAGCUGCCGGGAACCUUCCGCUGGCGUGGGCGGGGCACUGCGCCGGAAUGGGACACCGAGCUCAACAGGAAGACCUUUGCUUCAGGACUGGAUGACUACCCGCGCUCCAGUCACCCCUCCGACGCCGAGCGCCAUGUGGACCUGUACUGCUGGAUGACACUUGCCUCGCGUGCGCUUGCCUCUAUAGGCUCCACAAUAGGUGUCACGGCUGAUAAGGUGGCGCCCAUUCGGAAGGUGCACACGCAGCUGUCUGAUGUGGCGUUCCUGGAUCGCAUGCACCUGGACUUGGGAGCACAGCAGUAUCGGGAUUGGGGCAACCACACCGAGGCGUGGGCGGAGAUGCGCACUCCUGAGGGGUAUGUGGUGAGGAGAACGUAUGUGAGGAUGGUUGGCCAGCCGGGACCUUUGCCACAAUUUGUGCCUCACUUUGGGUAUGUGGGCCUAUUCCCGCUGUUGCUGCGCAUGCUGCCGGGUGACAGCCGCCAGCUGGGCGCCAUGCUGGCGCAGCUGCGCGAUGAGAGCCAGCUGUGGACGGCGGCCGGGCUGCGCUCGCUGAGCAAAGCCAGCUCGCUGUACAACAAGUACAACACCGAGCAUGAUGCGCCCUACUGGCGCGCGCCCAUCUGGCUCAACGUCAACUACCUCGCCCUUGCAGCCCUCAAGCACUACUCCCGGGUGCCAGGAGAGUCGAGGGAGCUGGCGGGGCGGAUACAUGAUGAGCUGCGCGAGAACAUCCUGCGGAAUCUGGUGGAGCAGUAUAACAAGACCGGCUACCUGUGGGAGAAUUACAGGGAUGAAAACGGUCGUGGCCAGGGGUCUCACCCUUUCACUGGAUGGACUGCUCUGGUUGUGCUGAUUGCAGGAGAGACCUACUUUGACAUUUGACUUCUUGAUUGCGGCAGUUCAUGGUCUAUAUAGGCUUGGAUAGGCUUGUCAAUUGUGCGAUGGGGAGGAGCCUGGUUGCACCACAUGCGAGUCACACUUGUAACGAAAUCCUUCACGUG